AUGUCGUCCGCUUCCCCGCAGAGCAGCUCCUCGCCGCCACAGACGACGCCCAAGCCCGCAAACUCUGCUGCUGCAGAUGCUAACAUACGCAAUUUUGCUCCAGUCGCCCGCAUCAUGAAGAUGGCCCUACCCGAGAACGCAAAGAUUGCAAAGGAAGCCAAGGAAUGCAUGCAGGAAUGCGUCAGCGAGUUCAUCUCCUUCAUCACGAGCGAGGCCAGCGAAAAGUGCCAGCAGGAGAAGCGCAAGACGGUCAACGGCGAGGACAUAUUGUUCGCCAUGACCUCCUUGGGCUUCGAGAACUACUCGGAAGCGCUCAAGAUCUAUCUAUCAAGGUACCGCGAGACCCUCCUCGCAAAUCAGAACAAACCUGCUGGGGCCAACCAGUUCAAUGCAGCAGGGUCCGCUGCAGGUGGCAAUCCCGGCGCAGAGAGUGCCCAACACCCGAACGUUCUGAGCGGCGACACGGAGAUGGCCGACAACGACAACACCGCCUUUGGCUACACCGUCCACAACGGAAACGGCGCCGCCGAGUUCUAA